AUGGAGGCUGCAGGUCGUUCCGCAGAACGUUCUGGACCUGGUGGCGACGCUGCCACCGCAGCCGCCGCCGCCGAUGACAGCGGCGUGUUCCACGAGACGGAUGACAUAUCGGACAUCCUUAACGUUGGGCUGGGCGGACUGCCCACCCUGUCGGCGUUGGGGCAGUUGUCGAUUUUGUCGGCAUCUGCUCAGGAGUUCAAACCGGGGGGCCAGGGCGACGCCAUCCUUCCGUUGCCCGCAGGGGACCCAAGCCAUGCGGGGGGCGUUGAGCACGGGGCUUGUCAUUGCGAGAGUGCCUGGGAGGAGGGCGAGCAGGCUGCCGUGCCACCGGCGGAGGAGGUUCAGCUGUACGACGACGAGGGGCAAGGGGAGGGGAUGGGGCAAGACCAAGACGCGUACUACGCAGAGGUACAGCUGGAGGCGGAGGUGCUAGAGGUCCUGGCGGAAGGGUUCUCGGACUGUUCCCCGGAGAGCUUGCAGACCGCUUGCGACGCCUCUCUAGCCGUCAAGCCCUGCCGACACCUCCUGCUGGAUGGAGAGUGCCGGAGGAGCGACUGUGCCUUCAGCCAUGACUUCGCCACCACCCCCUGCCGUUACUGGCUGCAGGGAUGCUGUGUCAACUCCUCGGAUGAUUGUUACUUCAUGCACGACUUGGUCGUUCCCAACGAAGAGGCGGGGUUGUCUCCACCGGGCAGCGAGCCGGGUAGAAUGGCAGAGGAGAGCGGUGGUGGUGGCGACAGCGGCAGCGACGAGAGACAACUGUCCGGGGUUGACCAAUUCCCGUCCCUGCCGUCGACCACAACCCGGCUCCCUCCGCCAAUUGGCAGUGAAAUAGUUGGCACGGAGGGCAGCGCUCCAUUUCAAACGCCAUCGUCCACUAAGAACGGUGUCAGCGGAGUCGCUUUGGACACGAUUGCUGCGGUUGCUGCACCUUCUGCCGCCGGAGUCUCCGGGCCGCGGAUAGGGGACGACAGUCCGGCUACAAAAAGAGAGGAAGCAGUGGGAUGGAAUGAAAAGAAGGAUAACGAGGACGUUCUGCUGGCGGCAGUAUCAGCGCCGAAAGGGCCGCAACGGGGCCGCGGGCGGAAAGGAGGACGAGGUCGUAAGACACGCUUCACCGCGGUCGACCUCCAAGCAUUGUUGAAACCCGGCAGUCCCCACGCAAAAACAUCAACGCCGGAAAAUGUUUUCCACCCUCGGGAGGUGGGCUCGGGAAUAGCCCAACAGGAUGGAACCGGCGGUGCCAGCCUGAGCGCGGAGCCGGGCAUGUCCUUUGCCGAUGUUGUGGGCUCGUCGUCAUGCCUAGCUGGAAGCACAAAUGGGCUUGGAAGGGCCGCGGAAGUCGCGUGUCAGUCCCCCGAUGCGUGGAGGAGAGCCAUCGGAGAUGAGCGGUAUCCCCCUGCUGUCGUCGGAGGUGGGGGCGAAUGGGUGUCGACUGGAGAUGCGGUGGGGAAGCAGUACGAGCAAGCCAGGGAAGAUGCGGCGGAAUUGGCGAGGGCGCGGAACAAGUUUUUCACUUCGGCCACAGAGGCGUUCCAGAGGGGAGAUGGGCUGCUCGCACGCGAUCUGGCCCGUCGCGGGAGAGAGCUGAACUUCAGGAUGAAAGAAAAACAUCGACAAGCUGCCGAGUAUAUAUUCGGCGCCAGAAACCCGGGUGAUCAGGUGUUCCAGCGCAAAACGAUGGAUCUUCACGGCCUGCACGUGGCUGAGGCCGUCGAGGUGCUCGACAGGGAGAUGGGGGCGUUGGCGGCGAGGGGGUUGUGCAGUGUGAGAGUCCUGACCGGCACGGGACAUCACAGCAAGGGACCCACCAACAAGGCGCGUCUUUUGCCAGCGGUGGAAAACUUUUGCUUGAUUCGCGGUUAUCUCUUCAGAAAGGUACCGGAUCAAAGCACCGGCCACGUCGGGGCGAUCGACGUCCAAUUCGCGGAACUGUCGGAACACUCGACAGGAGGAUGGGGUUAAGGUUGCGCUGUCUUCGACCCGUCGUGGUGGGGAUCAUUAUUCCGCGACGAGAAACGAAGCAUGCCUGACGAAAGCAGCACAGCGACAAAAGCAGUACGUAAAUAGUGAGAGUGAUCGCACACACCCUAGACUGAAUUUCAGAGCUUGAUUGCUCGACGGUUGCGAAAACCGGUCGAUGCGAACGAGGAGGGCUCUCGACGAGGUCUCUCCAACGUCGCGACGGCACCGUCGUGGUUAUCGGGUGUAGACAAAUCUACCGAUGAACUCUGUGUGCGAUAUCCCCCACUUGUCCGGAAUACGGAGUGAACGAUUUCUUUGCAUACGUAUCUCGACCCCAAAGCCUGAGUUGAUGUAUGAUCUGAGAUCCCUGGGGUGUUUUCAUGAAGAUGCAAGACACGACAGGGGGGCGUAGGGGUGUCCUUGAUGACCUAGGAGAAAUUUCAGAUAGUAGUGGAGUUUCGAUUUCCGUUUUCAUCGUCACUCAAGGAAUGCUUGGGUUUGACCCCAAGGUCUUACAUGUACUGUGUAGACUAACCGUGAUCCUAGGGGUUGUUUGGAAGUCAAUUUUGUGCAUAGCUUGGUCCGAAGCCCCACUCAGGGGAGCUAUGCUUCACUGUGUACUUGCACACCACCCAGCAACGAAGUGUUUGAUGGCUGUAACAUUUUUGCCGUGUUCAGUUGAGUUUUGAGCGCGACCCAAGCGACAUGACGAUGUAUUUUAGCGGUCAUAUCAGGCUGUUAUCCGUGCCAUCCGCAGACGGUCAUGUGUACGUUGGUUUGUCCGGGAAGUUGUUAGUCUAGUAGGUCAGUCUGGUAGACUACAUUCUGGAAAUGUCUGGAACGCACACUGCUGUAUGUCGCCUUGGGAGAAUAUUCAGCUUUUUCGAUUGUCUUGACGUCGCAAGUCAUAGACUCUUGAUAGCCUCUCUGUGCACCCCUAUCAAGGUCUGCAUGAAAGAACGUACGUUGCCGUAAAAAGCAGAUGAUAGCAGACCGAAGCCUAGAAGGUGAAGAACAU